AGAGGGUAAAUCCGCUCUGGACGCUCAUUGGUCGAGAAAUAUGGAAUCAGAUGACGUAUAGUUCCGGGUUUCUAGGUCCCAUAGAAAAGGUAACUUUCGGUCAUUUCUCGGUUGAGACACGACUGACCGGGUUUUCCGCCGCUGAAGCGGUAACAUCUGGGAAACAGUGGACCAAAUAUUUUCAGGCUACAGCUGUGGGGAAAAAUAGACUUGUGUGGGGGCUGACGCAGUUGUCUUCCUCUCCUCAGACAUCUUUGGGAUCAUUCAAAGCCUGUCCAACCACCGCUGCUGCUCAAAUUCCCUUUUAUAGAUACUCUUCCAGAGAACAGUAUGGGUCUCCAGUCAGACUCCACUCUCCAAGCUAUCCUCCUCGCUCCAAUUCACCUUCUGGUGUGGUUGUACUCCAUCCUCUCCUUCCUGCCCUGGUACUACAUCACUGGAGCUGGCCAAAGGAAAGCUCUGUCCAAGCGGAUAAAGGCACGUUCCAUUUCAGGCUGCGCAGAGGGACCAUACCGCUCUGUGGACCACUUUGAUUGCCUGGCGAGGGAAGACUUCCCAGGCAAGGACACACUGGAUAAGCUAUUCAACCAUGCUGUACAGCGCUUUGGAGAAGCUCACUGUCUCGGCACCAGAGAUGUACUGAGUGAAGAGAACGAGAUUCAGCCCAGUGGUAAAGUUUUUAAAAAGUUGAUCCUGGGGGACUAUAGAUGGCUGUCCUACGAUGAACUGGACUCCAUAGUCAGUCAGUUUGGCAGCGGAUUGGCAGCUCUGGGGCAGCAGCCCAAAAGCACCAUUGCAAUCUUCUGUGAAACCAGAGCAGAAUGGAUGAUCACAGCCCAGGCAUGCUUCAGGCACAAUUUCCCAUUGGUGACAUUCUAUGCUACCCUGGGAGAGGAGGCAAUUGCCUUUGGACUGAAUGAGACUGGAGUUACACAUCUAGUUACCAGUGCAGAGCUUCUUGAGACUAAACUCAAAAAUGUGCUGCCACAGAUCUCAAAACUGAAGCAUGUGAUCUACGUGGACCAGAAGAAAAUUAACACAGAAGGCUACCCAGCAGGACUUUCCAUCCACAGCAUGCAGGCCGUACAAGACCUGGGCAAGCUGCCUGAGAAUUUGGAGAGGCCAAUCGUGAAGCCCGAGCCCUCCGAUCUGGCUGUGGUGAUGUACACCAGUGGCUCUACAGGCAGACCCAAAGGAGUCAUGAUUAUCCACAGUAACCUAAUCGCAGGAAUGACAGGCCAGUGUGAACGCAUUCCUGGACUUGGGCCUGAUGAUACGUACAUAGCCUAUCUUCCCCUGGCUCACGUUCUGGAAAUGACAGCUGAAAUCUCCUGCGUCACAUAUGGCUGCCGAAUCGGCUACUCGUCCCCCCAGACACUGUCUGACCAGUCCACUAAGAUAAAGAAAGGAAGUAAAGGCGACUGCUCUGUGCUCAGGCCCACCCUGAUGGCAGCCGUGCCGGAAAUUAUGGAUCGCAUCAACAGGAACGUGAUGAGCAAAGUGCAGGAAAUGAGUUUCAUUCAGAAGACACUGUUUACACUUGGCUACAAAUAUAAACUAGAGCAAAUCAAGAGGGGCUAUGACGCACCACUCUGCAAUGCCUUGCUCUUCCGGAAAGUUAAGAAACUGCUGGGAGGACGAGUGAGGAUGAUGCUGUCUGGAGGAGCCCCCCUGUCCGCAGCCACUCAGAGAUUUAUGAAUGUAUGUUUCUGCUGCCCAGUGGGUCAGGGCUAUGGCCUCACUGAAACCUGUGGAGCUGGCACCAUCACAGAAGUUGUUGAUGUCAGCACCGGUCGUGUCGGAGCUCCUCUGAUUUGCUGUGAGCUCAGACUCAGGGAUUGGGCUGAAGGUGGUUACACCAGCAAAGACGAGCCGAAUCCAAGAGGGGAGGUGCUGAUCGGUGGCCCCAAUGUAACUAUGGGUUACUACAGGAAUGAAAGCAACGAUCAGGACUUUUUUGUGGAUGAAAACGGGCAGAGAUGGUUUUGCACCGGAGAUGUAGGAGAAAUCUACCCAGACGGCUGUCUACAAAUAGUGGACCGCAAGAAAGAUUUGGUGAAACUGCAGGCGGGGGAGUACGUGUCGCUUGGUAAAGUGGAAUCUGCUUUGAAGAACUGCACCCUUAUAGACAACAUCUGUGCAUAUGCAAACAGUGACCAAAACUACGUGAUCAGCUUCGUGGUGCCAAACCAGAAAAGCCUGACAGGACUGGCCAAACAGAGGGGCAUAGUGGGAACAUGGGAGGAGAUAUGCACCCACCCUGACAUGGAAAGAGAGGUUCUGAAGGCAAUCAAGGAGGUCGCUGUUAACAUUAAACUCCAGCGAUUUGAGAUUCCAGUCAAAGUGCAUCUGAGUCCAGAGCCGUGGACUCCUGAAACAGGUCUCGUCACAGAUGCAUUCAAGCUGAAGAGGAAAGAACUGAAGAACCAUUAUCUCCACCACAUAGAGAGAAUGUACGGGGGGAAAUAACUUGGAACGGUUUCACACAGGAGUCUUCAUUAUCACCAUAACCACUGUUUGAAUAUGUAAAUAAUCAUCCUGGGGCCCAGGUUUAGGCUGUUCACGUACCACAGGCUCGAACACGCCUAGAGGAGAAAAGCUAAAGCUGUAGGUAGUUGUAGCUGUUGAUCCAUGUGUGCUGCUUUUUAUUCGUGUGUAGAAGUUUUGAUUGUCCAGGAGAUGCACCAAAGUAGCACCUCUUAUUUCAUGAAAAGGGUCUGAGACCAUUACAACAGCGCUCAACUGCCAUUCACUCAAGUCUGUUGGCACAGUUUCUAGAUGAUAAAACUGCCACUGUCGUCCAUAUGCUACUUAUGCUUUGUUGUUACUUCCUGUCAAAAUAUUAACAAAUGCCAACAUCAUGGAGGCUCGUAAUGCUCUUUUGUAAAGUUUGGAGUACUGGUGUUACUGUGCCUUCUGUCUGCAGUGCUUGUGUAGUCAAGCAGAAGUCAGCGGCAACUAGAUAAAAAUACAUGUUUGUUACAAAAGUGGCUUAAAUGCCAAGUUGUUUACUUGUGACCUUAGGAAAAAUACUCCCCACUCAGAUACAGACAUGGAUCAUUAAUGAAAAGCACUUGUGUUCAUGUCCGUUUUUUCUUCCAAUGAUGGCUUAUUUAGGCUUUUGUUGUUGUACUGACUUGUUUAGAAAGGAAGACCAAAAUGUGUAAAUGUAAAUGACUCAGGAAGAUAAGCAAAUGUUUGAUAGAUGAAACUCAACUAGUGGGGUUGCUUGUACAGAAACAUUUCUGCCAGAAUUCUUGUGGGCACCUUAUUUAUUAAAGAGCAAGCAUGUUUAGCUACAAAAAUGCUCAUUAGCUCUGAUCAGAACUUGUAUACUGUAAUAAUGUGCAUACUUUACCUCAGUUAACAGGUUCUUGUUCAAUUUAGUAUCAAAAGAUGAUCUGAACUUGAGUCCUUUCAUUCUAACACCAUAGGAGUGUUUGCUAUGUAUUUUUCCAAGUAUUGUCGUGUUGAUGGAUUUGCAUUGUUAAAACUUUAAGGACACGGACAAUGACAGCCACUUUACAGUUGUGUGGUGAACCUAUUUGUAUUUAUUACUCCAUCAUGGUCACAUGCCUUGUUCACCAUUUCAAAAAUAAACAUCUUUUCAUAUGAA